AUGGACCUGCAUGGGGCGGAGAUAUUCGCCAUUUGCGAUCGGGCCGAGGCGACUGGCGAGGCGUCUUGCGAAGCGCUGGCUGGCGAAGUCAUACGAGGCUGGAAGGAAUUUCUCUGUGUACGGGGCGUAGGCCUGCACUUCAUCGCGCCAAGUGACGAGAAGCAAGCGGGAGGCCUCAAAUCGCUGUUUGCGUGUGGGGCGGUAGGGGGGCGUGUCGCGAUCCGCGUCGUCCCCUGGGAGCGGGGUGAUCUCGGUGGUUGCCUCGGAAACGAUUUCGGAAGACGACAGAGACAGUUCGGCCAAGGUGGCGAGACGCCGGAAGGUUGUUGCUCUUGCAGUCCGCGGCGGAGGCUUCAUGGUCGAGUUGCUCUCCGCGAACGGAACGCCGGAAAAAUAAUGGUGAUAUGGGAGGAAUUUCGCACGGUUUCGUUUCCGAGGGUUCGCGUAGUGGUGUCACCGGACUUGCCAGAAGUGAUUUCUCGUCAAGCCCGAAUUCGCCCACUGAUGUGCAUCCAGCUCGAAGUGCGAACGCAAACAAGGCACGAUAUCAAGUCGUCCAGUCGGAGGAGAGCUCGGCGCGGAGUUGUACCCGUGUUCUGCGCCUUGUCGUGUCGGGAAGAUCUGUCUCCUCUUUUAAUUCGUCCACACCUUUUCAAGGCCCAUCCAUAG